AGGCAAUGACGUCACGCGUAGUUACAUAGCGAAGCCGUAGAUCUUCGUUCAAGAAAAUGGGUCUUCUAAGUCUACUGAGGAAGCUUAAAAGUAGCAAAUCACAAGAAUUAAGAAUCUUGCUUCUUGGACUUGACAAUUCUGGCAAGACAACAUUACUGAAAAAUUUGGCUAAAGAAGAACAUGAAUUUAAGAAUAUUGCCCCAACACAGGGUUUCAAUAUCAAAUCAGUGUCUGCAGAUGGUUUACAGCUCAAUGUUUGGGAUAUAGGUGGACAGAGGAGAAUUCGACCCUAUUGGAAGAAUUACUUUGACAAUACAGAUGUUUUAAUAUAUGUUGUAGAUAGCAGUGAUCGAAAACGAUUGAUGGAAAGUGGAGACGAAUUGGAAGAGCUGCUUUCGGAGGAUAAACUGGUUGGUGUUCCAUUACUGGUAUUUGCAAAUAAACAAGAUUUGGAGAAUGCGACACCAUAUGGUGAAAUUGCUGAGGGAAUGGGCCUUCAGUCUAUACGUAGCAGAAGUUGGAAUAUCUUUCCAUGUUCUGCCAAAACUGGCGAAGGUUUGGAUGAAGGAAUUGUAUGGAUCCAAAAGAAGGCCCUGAAUAAGGACCAAGGCAAAAAGAAAUAAUAGAGUAUUCACAUGGAAACAAUUGCUGCCUCUGGCACUGGGAAAUCUACACACUAUUGUAAUGCUAUAAUGGACCUCAACAUGGAGAUGUGACUGUUCAAGGAGAGUACGCAACAUUCUAUAAGGAUGGGGAUCGACGGCUCACUGCUUGCUAUUGGGAAGCUUGAAAUGAGGACAACAUAGAUCUAAGAACAUAUAUCACAGGAAGCUGUGCACUGGCAUAGCUCAUAAGAAAGUGCAUGUAUGAUAUUUUUUUCAUCAGACUUUCCAUUGUGACAUUAAAGACUUUUCAUUUUGAAGGUGGUUAAAGUUUAGACUAAAUGUCAAUCCCAAAAUGCUACCUUUUGUUUGAUAUCAGGAUGAAGAUCCAAUUUUGUUUGUAUGAAAUCAAAAUAAGCAAUUGACAUUAUUAUAUGCACUAGAUUGCAUUUUUCAAAUAAAUAAUCAUAAUUUGAGCAAAGUACAGGAUAUAUAUAUAUAUUAUAUAUAUCUGAAAAUAGCCGGAAUUUCAGUUUCAUUUCACAAUAUAGAUCUUAUAUGUUCUGUUUUCUUGAAUGUUUAGUGAUUUUGAAAAACAUCAAGUUACUACUCUCAGUCUUUUUCUUCAUUUUACACCAUAAUUUUAUUUGUCCCAUCACCAGCAUUGACGUAAUUUUUGCCGUCCAUAUAUCAGUCAACCUCAAAUUCCAAUGUAUUUUGAAACAUGUGUACAUCUAAUAGAGAAAGUUGUUGUAAGUGUCACUCUAGCCAGGGACAAUAUUGCAGGUGGAAUCUCUUUCAUUAUCGAUAUUCAUAACCCCAGACCCUCUAUACUUCUUUAUUUAAACAUUGAAUUACAUACUCUUGAAAUUGUCCCUUGGUUAUCAUUAAUCAUGAUAUUAAGUUUUCUGUUUUUUAAGCUGUAGAAGGUAGUUUAAAUCAUAAUUUACUGGUAAAUACCUGAUGUGUUAACUAGAAAAGUAUUUUGAUGUUUUAAUUUUGGUAUUGCCUCCUGUCCUUAUUCCAUUUAGUACAUCUGUUGUACAAUAUAACAAAUUAAGAAAAAGCUACCAUUUUGUUACCAAUGUUUGUAAUUUUGGAUGUUAGGAAAAUGUCAUACCUGUCAUCGUGACACUUGAACGAGAAGUCUUGAGUUGAAUACCUUAAUGGAAAAUUGGAAGUGUAGUAGGACUGUUUUACAUUGACAGUUUUACAUGUUUAUCAUUUCAUCACAAAACAGGUACAUCAUGCAUCACAUUUUCUAUUACACUCUUAAGUGUGAAAACACAAACAAUUGCCUCAUUUACCAGUACAUUUUAUGUAUGAUUAAAUACACUGACAUGAUCAUGAAAUAUCUGUACAGAUAAUAGGUUUAAGAUAUGUUACCAGAUGUAUCCUAUUUUCUCUUAUUUAUAUUUAUGGUUGUUAAUAUGCUUGUCAAUGUACUUCAUUGUUGUCUCAUUCCAUACUCCUUUUGCUUCCAUUGGUAAAUCAGUUUUUUUGCCAUGGAUUCAAGUGUUAAACUUAUACACUGUGAUAGAAUGUACUUGUAUGGUGUAUUAGAGCUCCUUAUCAGAAGCCUUCUAGAUUUCAGAAAAAGAUAAAUGUUUUGAUUUUUGACCCAUUUCCCCUAAUAAAUUGAUGAAAAAUCAUUACAGUGCAAGUAUAUCCAAAUAUUACUUGUUUCUGGGCCAUUGUAACUGGUUAUUUUAAAUAACAAGGAAACAUCUAUCUAUCAUGGUGUGGUAAAACGUGUCCGUCCAGUUGUUUAAAACAUAUCCCUGUAUUAUGUGUCUUUUUCUCACUUUUUAAGUAUUGUAAAUUUUCACUAUGUACAUACACGGUAAAUUGUAAACUGUGGAAACAUGUACCGGAAAGCACAAAAGGUCAAAGAUAAUACAACAGGCAACAUAUUUAUCGGUUGUGGUUGAAUUAGGAUCAGAUGAAGAUCUGCAGAAAUAUUCAUAACAUGUAUAUAAUGUUUACACUUAGAAACAGACAUAAAUCAUCGAGACUUUAUAGACAAUCUAAAAGUAAAAUUCUUAAGUAAAACUGUUUUUAUAGUCAAAAUUUACUGGUCUAAUUAAUUUGGACUUAUUUUAUUAAAUUGAUUUAAUAUAUUGAUACCUGAAUGUGAUUUUCCAAGAUACCUAACAUUUAACAUAUGAUAUAAGGAGAAAAAUAAACUAAUUGCAAGUGAA